AUGACUAGAUUGACAAAUGGUCAAGUCCAAGUUGAUUUCCUACCCUCCAGUCAGGAAAAUCAGACCAGAGAUAUUUUUCCAACUCAUUUCCAAGGAAUGCUCGAAAAGGUUCCAAUUCUUGCCUUUAACAAACUAGGCCAACCCGUUUAUGAACAGAAAACCAUAAAUGGCCAUAAUUGGUUUGACUACUGCAACUGUGAUUUUUGUCUUCAAACUGAUGAUGAAAUGGAAAUAAAGAAGAAGAAAGCACCAAAGAAAAAAUCUUCUUCACAAUCCUUGCACCAGAGAUACCAGGAUGGAGAUCCUACAGUUGAUCUCUUAGGAGAAAGUUCAGAUAGUUUUUCUCCUCUUCGUGAUUCUGAAAAAAUACAAGAAAAUGAAAAGCAUCUACCAGAACCCGAACCUCUUGGUGAUAUGAGCACCUUCUUAAAGACUCUUACCAAACCCUCUGAGAUAAACCUUCAUUCUGAAACCCAGUCUUCCUCUGACUCAUUAUCAGAAACUUCUACACCUACAACAUUGUCUGAAACUUCUGAUCUUCUGUACAUGAUGAACCAACCAGAAGCUGACCCUCCAGAAGAACCUAUGGAACCAGACCUAGAUCCCAUACCUACAGAAGAAUUUAAACUUCCCAAUAUUCCACUCCCAACCUAUGGAGAUUCCUCAAAAGGCUUUACUAUAGAUGACAUCCCUCCUUCGAAAUGGAUAGACAGAUUCAAAGAGAUCCAAGGAUAG